AUGGGGCACUUGGCUCUCCUCCUCCCUCUCCCUACUUUAUCCUCACAACAGUCCUACGAGCCCUUCCUGGAGGCCGUCACCCACCUCCCGCCUUUCUUCGAUUGCUUGGGGACCCCGCUCGUCUACGCGCCUGUCAAGGCCGAUCUGUCUGGCAACAUCAAGAAAAUCCGGGCUGUUUAUGAGUCGAAUCCGGCCAAGUUCAAGACCCUGCAGAACAUCCUGGAGGUGGAGAAGGAGAUGCACGGGGCGGCCUGGCCGAAAGUGGGCGCGACCUUAGCGCUCAUGUGGCUGAAGAGGGGCCUCAAGUUCAUCCAGGUUCUGCUGCAGAGCAUCUGUGAUGGUGAGCGUGAUGAGGACAACCCGAACCUCAUCCGGGUCAACGCCACCAAAGCGUACGAGCUGGCCCUGCGGAAGUACCACGGCUGGAUGCUGCAGAAGCUUUUCCUGGGUUCGGUGUACGCUCUGCCGUACAAGUCGGAUUUGCUGAAGGCCUUAGAGAAAGGCAAAGAGGUGAAGGAGGAGGAGACCCUGGAGAAAAUCCACCAGUUCCUCACCAAAGCGACGCCCAUCCUGGACGCCAUUUACGAAAUGUACACCAAAAUGAACGCCGAGCUGAACUAUAAGGCUUGAUCGAGGAACACACACCCCCCCGAUCCGCUCUCCUGCUUUGGCAAAGCGGGGAGAAGGCACCCCCACCGUCCCACGGCAAAACCCUCUUCCGGCUGCUGCGAGACCCUCCUGGCGGCUGCGUACGAGUCUCCGGGAGACGCCGAAACCUAGCGACUCUUCCCCACCGAAAUCGAGGCCACAGAGCUUGGCAGUCGUGUCUCCGAUUUUCCGGAAAUGUUUGCCCUGUCCAGUCAAAAGCUGGAGCUGAAAACCUCUUCUAAAAACCUCUUAUUAUUUAAGCAGAUUUACUUAAAACGGGUCGGAGUGGGGAAGGAGAGAUAGCUGGCAAUAAUGCUUGACUAACGGCUACUGUAGUUCCUGUAUACCUCUUAUAUACCUCUAUAUACGGGCUUCUCUCUCUCUCUCUUUCUGUAUAUAUAUAGACUGCUGCUCUCUUCCUCUACUGACAGCACAUAUUCAGGGUUGCCUGUAUGAUUAAAAUUCCUUGAUAUCCUUGGGAAACUGCCUUUUGUGGGGGUGCUGCCCACCUUUCAGAGGUACAGCGAGCCUUUAUUUGUGUGUGAGCAGGUUUUGCACAAAAUCAGCCCAGCCUUUCCUACGGGACCUUUUUAACCUCACAGGGGUGAUGAUAUUUCCGCCAUGAACUUUUUCGGGGCAGUUCUGUUCUUCAGAGUUACCUGGGUCUGGUUUUAAACACUCUGCCGGGUUGUUGAUUUUCUCUUCCCCCCCCCCCUUCUACUCCUUGCCGUGUUUUAAACACCAGCGGUUUCUGGAGUCCCAGAACACUUUUAGGCUUGAAGUGGAUUGUUGCUCACCCAAGCCUUAUUAGUACUAUUGUCAUGGAUUUUUUUAGAUUAGCAUUGGUAAGAAACAAACAAACACAAAGAAUGGAAAAUAAAUGUUUAAU